AUGGCCUUUGACCGCAGCACGUUUGAUACUGCUUCCGCUCCAUCAACACUCGCCCUGAAAAACAGCAGGCUAUCAUCCGCGAAUAAAAGGCUGCAGCACGCGGGCCAGCACGGCACGGCCCGUAUAAUAAUCGUGCCUUGGCGGGCCGGGCCGUGCCAGACACGAUUAGGAUGGGCCGUGCCGGGGCGGCCCGUUUGGCCAGCUAUAGGCCUCACGGCGCUCACCCCACUCCUCUUCCUUUCCCCUCACUUUUCUGCGGUGAGGCACCCUGCCCCGGCUCGCGCGAGCUCCGCCAUUCCUCCCGCUUUCACUAUCGUCCCGCCCUCCGGCGUACUCUACUCCCGCAGCUCCGCACUCCGCUCCUCCUCGACCUUGCGGACGCUCCUCCGACGGUCGCGACCGUGCAUCCGACGCCGCCGGGGCGGCGCGAUCUCCCGCCCUGAGAGGGGCAGAAAACGGACGGUGAAGCAAGAAGAAAUACUCGGGGGAGGCGCAGGACCAGAGGCGGAAGGCGAGAAGGGGAGUGCCAAGGCGACGACGAAGGCGACCACGAGCCACGCCGACCCCCCUGCGGCUCGCUGCCCGCGCCGCGUCCCCCUAGGCCGCCGCCGCCUUUGCAGUGCCGCAUGGUCUUCACCGUCGGCACCUCCAUCGCCUCCGUCCUCACGUCGUGGGCAGUGUCCAAAAUGUCUGAGGCAAGGAAGGAAAGUGAUGGUCAGGGUUUACAAGCAAACCAAGAGGGUGUACGAGGAGCAGAGGCACACUCACUACAGAAACAGAACCCAACUAUGAUUGGCUACAAGCGUAUGCGCACUAAAGGAAUAAUUUGUCAUGGGAGUCGCCCGUCAGACAUAGACAGCAAUGUCAGUGCACAAGAUGAUGAGUAAGAAGGCAAGGAGGUCACAGAGGAGGGUGAAUCAAAGCCAAAACGCCGAAAAACAUGCAGAAAUGAGGGUCGCAGGAACAGGGCAUCACUAGCAAGGUUGUUCAAACUAAACAAAGAUUUAGUGCAAUUUCAGAAGGACGAGGUAAUUCGAAUUGAGUUUGGAGGUUUGUUGCAGAUUGCAGCAUGUAGCAUGCCAGAAGACUUAAGUUAGUGGGUUAUGAAGCAUUACGACCUCGAAAUUUCCCAACUUGUCAUCAUAGAGAGGGGCAAGAUUCCAGUAGAUGCAGCAAGUGUUCACAGGAUAUGGGGUCUACCAAACAGGGGGAGGAAGGUUUGCUACGAGAAUAGAGCAGAUUACUCAUCCAAAAUGUACAAAAUCUUCAAGAUCAAUACGAAAGGCUCACCAACACUAACAUCUUGGUAAUCAAGGAUAUGGCUGGGGCAGCAAAUAACAAUUUCCUACGUGCUUGGUUGGCAGUCGCCUUCUCAUGUUUCCUUGCUCCUACCACAAGUUUGAACAUAUCCCCACGGCGUUUUCCUGCUGUGAUGCAUGUGGAUGCGAUAACGAAGACGA